ACACGGUAUCGCGUUGAGUCUCAUUUGUUUUGAAACACUUGAAGAGAGUGGACCUAUAUUGAAAUAUUCGCACACUCCAUUCCGACCGAAAAGUAAAAUCAUGUCCGGAGUACUAUUCGAAGAUAUAUUCAAUGUGAAAGACAUGGACCCCGAAGGAAAGAAAUUCGACAGAGUUAGCCGACUGCAUUGCGAAUCCGAAUCGUUCAAAAUGGACUUGAUACUAGACAUCAAUUCGUGGGUAUAUCCAAUGGAACUCGGCGACAAAUUCAGAUUGGUUCUAGCGACAACACUCAAAGAAGAUGGAUAUCCAGACAGCGGCGAAUACAAUCCAGUCGACGAACCUUCCCGGGCUGACAGUUUUGAGUACGUUAUGUAUGGUAAAAUCUAUCGAAUCGAAGGUGAUGAGGCGGCCAAUGAAGCGUCCAGUAGAUUGUCUGCGUAUGUGUCAUAUGGUGGCUUGCUAAUGCGACUACAGGGCGAUGCAAACAAUUUACAUGGAUUCGAAGUGGACCAACACUUGUACCUAUUGAUGAAGAAAUUAGCUUUCUAAGCCGCUGUUACCUUUUGGACAAUUCAUGAACUGGAAAUUAAAACAAUUUACUAUACGA